CAAACGGUAACAACUUUAACAGAAGUGAGUGUCGCGACUGUUAAUGUUAGACUGUGUGUCAUACUAACAAAUGUACACCGUGGAGAUAGAUAAGCAGAGCCUGACUGCAGUAAUGGACCACGAAAAAACUAUUUGGAUAAAAGAGGAAACAAGUGAGAUAUCAGGUUCACCAGGUUCCAUUGUCCAGGUAUACCCCUGUAGUGUGAAAAUAAAGGAAGAACCACAGGAGACUGGGAAUCAAGAGUUACUUCAAGAUCCAUUAAAAAUUGAGGCUCCAUUUUACAACACAAAGGAAGAUCCAGGACUGAAAUUGAAUGCGAGUCUCUCUGAACAUAGUUAUCUGGAAGACCCAUUUAUAGCCUCGGGGUCCACUGAUCAUAUUAAGGAGGAUUCAGUACUAAAUUUAGGAGCAGAAGAAAUUGAGACUUUUAUGUUCAGCAAUCCCGAAUUGAAUCCUCUGGGAGUUAAGAUGGAGGAGGUGGAAGCCUCAACAAGAUAUGCAUCUGAUAGUGCAAGAUUGACUCAGACUACUGGUGGGAGCUGUGGCAUAUCAUGUGAAGGAAUUUGUCACCAUGUGCUGGUCCAGGAUGAUUCGGUGAUAGACGAGGAGAAGUCAACACAUGAGUUUGGAAUUUCAUCCAAUAAAACAAGUAAGGGACUUGCCGACUUGCCAAACAACUGCUCAUAG